AUGGCUGAUCAGCCCAAUGAUCAUAAGCGCCUUAUCGGGCUAGCAGCCGUCCUAUGCCUGGCCAGCUCGGCUUAUGCCUUGACCGAGGAGGAGGAGGUGCUCCAGAAGUCGCCCGAGAAGGCCAGGUUGUUCGUGGCGAGUUAUUUCACUUCCACAUUUACAGCCAUAAGCACCUUCACCACAGUCGAGCCUUUCCAGUGCUUCUUCACAUCAGCCGGCGUACAGGCCUGCACCGGCCGUAAGCUUCGGCGCAUGCGCAAACUCUCCGUCGACAUCGAUGGCUCGAGCGACAGCGGCCUUUCUCCGAGCGAGGGCGGCGCCAGCGUCAUGCAGUCCGAGGACAAGGACACACCCGCCGAAAAGUUCUUCUUCACGGUGUGGAAGACCAACACGUCCACGGCCACAGUGACUACGACCUCAAUCAACUCCUCCAUCACGAUCUCGGCCUCCGCCUACUGCACUUUCUCCGGAUUCACAGGACCGCUUUGCUAGCUCCUCACCUGACUAGCCGCCGAGUCUAAAUUAUUUGGACCCUGAAACACUGCUAGUUCUUAGCUUCCUAGCAUAAGUCUGCACAAAUGUAAAUUGUUUGUAAAAUAGUGUAUAUAUAUAAGAUAUUUGACCCCUCUAUUAAAGUGAUUUGACAGUA